AAACUCGCCAAAUUUGAUGAUUCUCUAAAAGAAAUCAUUAUUUUGGCAGACCCGCUGUGGGAAUCGAUUAAAAGUAACGAUUCUCUAAGAGAAUUUAUUAUUUUGGCAGAACCACUAUGUAAACUCGCUAAAGAUAACGAUUCUUUAAGAGAAUUUGUUAUUUUGGCAGACCCACUAUGGAAACCUGCUAAAAAUAAUGAUUCUCUAAGAGAAUUCGUUAUUUUGGCAGAACCACUAUUGGAACCUGCUAAAGAUAAUGAUUCUCUAAGAGAAAUCGUUAUUUUGGCAGAACCACUAUGGGAGCCUGUCAAAAAUAACGAUUCUCUAAGAGAAUUUAUUAUUUUGGCAGACCCACUAUAG